UGGGAGACUCCAGGAGGAAGCGGAGCCUCGGUUCGGCCUCUCCUGGCAACGCAGGAGGCCCAGCGGGAAGGCAGGAGGCGGCGGCGGCGGAGGAGGAGCUGGACUGAGCGGCAACAGUAGCGACAGCAACCGGAGGCGCCGCCGCCGCCGCCGCCACCUGCACCUGGCGCCCGGCCCACGUCCAGCGCCCGCCCGGCCGCUGCUUCCCGCCGCCCUGCUGUGCCCACCCGCCAGGCCAUUAAGAUUGGCUCCUUGGUUUCAAUGGAGAUGAUGGGAUUCCAUAGUAGCAGAAGACAAGUGGCAGCAUUUAACCACCAAGGACAAAGUAUUACCAUUUAAUGAAACCUUCUUGCCAGCAAAUCUAUGAUACAAAAUAUAAGUAACAGAGGAAACUAUAACUGUUAUUUGUCAAGUGGGAAGCUUUUAAUGUCAGAAUGGCUCACCUAAAACGACUAGUAAAAUUACAUCUUAAAAGACAUUAUCAUAAAAAGUUCUGGAAACUUGGGGCAGUAAUUUUUUUCUUUAUAAUAUUUUUGAUUUUAAUGCAAAGAGAAGUAAGUGUUCAAUAUUCCAAAGAGGAAUCACGGAUGGAAAGAAACAUAAAAAACAAAAACAAGAUGUUUGAUUUAAUGAUAGAAGCUGUAAACAAUAUUAAAGAUGCAAUGCCAAAAAUGCAAAUAGGAGCACCGGUCAGGCAAAACAUUGAUGCUGGUGAGAGACCCUGUUUGCAAGGAUAUUAUACAGCAGCAGAAUUGAAACCUGUUCUUGACCGCCCACCUCAGGAUUCUAAUGCACCUGGUGCUUCUGGUAAAGCAUUCAAGACAACCAAUUUAAGUAUUGAAGAGCAGAAGGAAAAAGAACGUGGAGAAGCAAAACACUGUUUUAAUGCUUUUGCAAGUGACAGGAUUUCUCUACACCGAGAUCUUGGACCAGACACUCGACCUCCUGAAUGUAUUGAACAAAAAUUUAAGCGCUGUCCUCCCCUGCCUACCACCAGUGUCAUAAUAGUUUUUCAUAAUGAAGCCUGGUCCACGCUGCUUAGAACUGUCCACAGUGUGCUUUAUUCUUCCCCUGCCAUACUGCUGAAGGAAAUCAUUUUGGUGGAUGAUGCUAGUGUAGAUGAGUACUUACAUGAUAAACUAGAGGAAUAUAUAAAACAAUUUUCUAUAGUAAAAAUAGUUAGACAAAGAGAGAGAAAAGGUCUGAUCACUGCCAGGUUGCUAGGAGCAACAGUUGCAACAGCUGAAACCCUCACAUUUUUAGAUGCUCACUGUGAGUGUUUCUAUGGUUGGUUAGAACCUUUGUUGGCCAGGAUAGCUGAGAAUUACACUGCCGUGGUGAGUCCGGAUAUUGCAUCCAUAGAUCUGAACACAUUUGAAUUCAACAAACCCUCUCCUUAUGGAAGCAAUCACAACCGUGGAAACUUUGACUGGAGCCUUUCCUUUGGCUGGGAAUCGCUUCCUGAUCACGAGAGGCAAAGAAGGAAAGAUGAAACCUACCCAAUUAAAACACCCACUUUUGCAGGAGGCCUUUUUUCCAUAUCAAAAGAAUAUUUUGAAUAUAUUGGAACUUAUGAUGAAGAAAUGGAAAUCUGGGGAGGUGAAAAUAUAGAAAUGUCUUUCAGAGUAUGGCAAUGUGGUGGGCAGUUGGAGAUUAUGCCUUGCUCUGUUGUUGGACAUGUCUUUCGCAGCAAAAGCCCUCAUACCUUUCCAAAAGGCACUCAGGUGAUUGCUCGCAACCAAGUUCGCCUUGCAGAAGUCUGGAUGGAUGAAUACAAGGAAAUAUUUUAUAGGAGAAACACAGAUGCAGCAAAAAUUGUUAAACAAAAAUCAUUUGGUGAUCUUUCAAAAAGAUUUGAAAUAAAGCACCGCCUUCAAUGUAAAAAUUUUACGUGGUAUCUGAACACUAUUUAUCCAGAAGCAUAUGUGCCAGACCUUAAUCCUGUUAUAUCUGGAUAUAUUAAAAGCAUUGGUCAGCCUUUGUGUCUGGAUGUUGGAGAAAAUAAUCAAGGAGGCAAACCAUUAAUUUUGUAUACAUGCCAUGGACUCGGGGGAAACCAGUAUUUUGAAUACUCGGCUCAACGUGAAAUUCGCCAUAACAUCCAGAAGGAAUUAUGUCUUCAUGCUGCUCAAGGUCUUGUUCAGCUGAGGGCAUGUGCCUACAAAGGUCACAAGACAGUGGCCAGUGGAGAACAGAUAUGGGAGAUCCAAAAGGAUCAACUUCUAUAUAAUCCAUUCUUAAAAAUGUGCCUUUCAGCAAAUGGAGAGCAUCCAAGCUUAGUGUCAUGCAAUCCGUCAGAUCCACUGCAAAAAUGGAUUUUUAGCCAAAAUGAUUAAGUGUUCCUUAAAAUUAAGGAGUUGAAAAAGAAGAUAUUCUUUCUCAUAAAACUGUGACUAAGCAUACACUGUAGUUGUUGAAAAUUAUGCAAAAGCAGCUAAUUAUAACUUAUUCCAAGUGCAUUUUUCUUAUUUAUAUCUUAAAGUGUCUAUGUAGCACUGCUACAGAAAUCUUUUAAGUUUCCAUUUCAAAGCACAAUAGCUAAGAAUACCAAAGACUAUUUUGAAAUGUCCAGAUUUAGAGAAAGAGAUGUUUACAGUAUGAUGAAAAUAAUUUUCCAAGUAAAGUGAUAUUUGUGUAUUUUGUGCACUUAAAGAUAUGCAUAGCUACAUUCACACACUCACAAUUUAAAAUAUUUCUUCUAGUUUUUUUGGGGGGAGGGAGAAAGAUUUGAUACUGUAUUUUUUUAACUACAUAGAAAUGGAUCAAUGAAGGUCAAGCAUUGGCCUUUGUGUACAAACCAGGAAAUUUUUAUAGAUCUAAAAUUUAUUAUAUAAAAAUGCAGGUAAACUUUUUUGCCUUUUGUUUACUUAUCUGUCAAAUGUUUCCUUCAACAUGAAAUUAAGUGAAUAAGGAGAAUAUUUUUGAUGCUGCAGUAUCUUGGCAAAUUUUAAAAUAUUUUUUAGUCUGAAGACCUCUUGACUUGAAGCACUUAAAUAUUGCUUAAAAGACAUUUCUUAAAUAACUAUACUGUGUUUUCCCAGAGCAAUUAAAAAAAAAAAAAAACUAUGUUACUAUCUGUUGAAAAAGUGUCUUUUUCCUUUCUGCUAGUCUUUUUUUCUUACCAAAAGCCACUAACCUUGAAUGUUUGUGAAAUUGAAUUCCAAAUGUAGAAUACCUGACUCAUUUAAAAGCUAAAUUUUAUUUGGUGCUGAUUCAAUUAUAGAUGAUCUUUGUAAAGAUUUUUCUUCAUCAAAAAAACCUCUGUCUAUAUGGAAAACACAAUAAAAUGAAUCCUUAUCACUGUUGUAA